CUACUUAUUACUGUGUCCACAAAAGCCAUUUUUCAAAUAACUUUUGACUGACAAUGGCUAGAGAGUUGGGGUUUUCGUCAUUCGAUAGCCAAGACAUCGCCACAUCCUUACAUAACAGACAAGCUUUCCAAAAUUUGUUGAAAACCCAAUUUUUCAGGAAUCUCUGGAAAAACGAGCCAUAACACUGGAAAUUCAGGCAAAAAUAAAUAGAUUAUUUUUUAUGAGUAGUUAGCCCAAGGUGUUUCCUACAGAACGGAUGCCGGGCGAGACCUUGAUUUUCAGUGGUUCAGGUGUGGUAUUGGAUUUCUUUUGAGCCCCAGGACUGGUACUUGCCGGCAUUGCAUGAAACAUACGUAGUCAGCCCCAAUGAAUCUGAUGGCAAAGCUCGUUGUUGGAAAAUAAUUCUAAAACAUGGAUUUAUGCUGUGAUUUUCAGCGCUAUGGCUCGGUUUCCAGAGAUCCCCUGGAAAACUGGAUGUUCAAGAAAUUUUGAAAAGCUCGUCUGUUACAAAAAAAAUUUGAAUCUCCCGCUCCCGAAGAACCUUUGACAAAAGCUUUCAAAAAGCCGAGAAAACUUUCAAAAACAAAAUUUGUCAACCAGUCUAAACGACCAAGUUUUUUACAUUGAAGCGGAAGAUGAAGAUGAGUAUGAGUUGAAAUUGUGAAUAAUUUGGGUGGAUAUAAAUUAGAAUUGACAUUUUUCGACAAGUUUUUUAUGUAAAUUUUCAAUAAAGAAGAAACUGAAUCGCUUAGCUUUUUGUCAUUUUCCCAAUAGUCAUGUAAAAGACGAAGAAUAACAGUGUAUAGUGCUAAAUUUCCGCUCAUUUCUUCAGGUAAAAAUUCAACAAGCACAGGCAAUCCAAUGUACAGAAUAAAUGAUCGAACUUCGGAGGCUUUCCAUUUCUGCACAUUGAAGAAUGAUCGUGGUCGCCGAAGAAUAUCAUGCAUGAAGUUCAUCGAGCGGAGUUUUAGGUUUAUUUUUAAAAGAUUUUCUUUUGAAAUAAAUGUUUGUAAUUGAAUGAGAAUUUUUUUUGAGUGACACAAGAAAACUGUAUACAUUGCAUCAAUAACAAUGGAGUGUGGUAAGGGAAGGUCGAGAAUUUCAGAAAAAGCACUCAGACCUUUAAUUCCUAUGGUUCUCUCUCGAUCAAUUCGUCGUUGCAUUGAAGCAGCCAUCUGAGCACAUUUUUCGAAGUUCUCGCUCGUUCUUAGCUCAGCAUCGUUAUCUAUAGAAUAUAUGAUGCAAUGCCCUUUAUGAUUAUAGGUCCCUUUUAUAUUGCAAAACAUGCAUGCAUAGUAAGGAUGAGGCUCUACAAACUGGAUCAUAGCAGAUAAAGGAGGCAUGUCACCCAUAAGCAUAGGAAAGAGAAUUUUGAUUUUUUCUUUAUUAUUUAUUUCAAUGCCUUCGUUUUUAAGAUGAAAUAGUUGUUUAGAAAGUUUUUCAAAAAUAAUAUUGAAGUUUGGCUUUUUUUUCCCUAUCCAGAUACCAAGAAGAAGAAUAUUAUCAGCACGAGUUCGAGAAAAAGGAGGAAGUUCUAGGACAGCACCUAAUAUAGGCCACGCACCACAGUUUUUAGAUUUAUAGAGAGGAAUGCCAUCACUAUGAAUCGUUACAGAUACAAAAAAAUCUCUAUGAACACUUAACAUUGAUUGGUAAACACCACCUUGAACAAUACCAUUCGCAUCGGAUGUAGUUUGUGUUCGAGCUUGUUUUUGAUAUUGACGAAGAAGAUCUAUAUUUUUAUCAAUCAGCAGCUUUAACUGUUCAGUCAAAUCAAAUAAAACAACUUCAACCACAUCAUAAGCUGGAAUUUUCAUGUCUUCAUGAGUACAAUUAACUGGUGAACAGAUUCCAUGCGUCGAUGAUGAAUAACAGCCUCUUAUAUCCUGAUGAAACAAGCCUCUUAAUAUUACGAAUAUAAACUGAUUCGCCCUAAUGCCGAAGUUUCGACCUAUACCGUAUUUUCUAUGGCAUUCUGGCACAACAUCUGAGUUUGUGGAGAUUUGAAGGGGGUACCAAAUGAUAUAGUUGAAAAACUUUUGAAAGGAAUUUUAAGGUCACUAGGUUUUCCGGAAAACCUAGCUUUGCAGAAAUCUCUGUCUCAAAACCCCGAGGCCUGGUAUAACGUUUUUUCAUCGAAAUAUAUAGAACUCAACGCGCUCUUCUAUUUGAUACCAACCUCAAGGUUCCAUAUUAGGGAAUGAAUAACAUGUGGUCAGCAGAGGUUCUACAAGUUAGGCCAAAUCCGCCAGAAAAUGCAUUUCUCUGCUGCGAGGCUAGAAUGGCUAUAACGUUUUUCUAACAAGGCUAGAGACUUGCCGUUUUCACCAUUCGGUUCAGCUUGCUGAGCUCUAUAAUAUGAGACAGGGCUCGCCACUGACGUCAAAGGUCGAUGUAAAUGGCGGUAGGUUUUAUAUGAAUCGACGCUAUCCGCCGACGCCGAAAACAUCACUCUGCGGGAGUAAUAUCCGAAAAAAUGAGCGUUCGCACUUUUAACUAGAAAUGAAUUACACACCGUUUUGUAGGGUUUUGAAAGAGCUCUCUCUCUCUUGAUAUAUAAUGUAGAACGCAAUCUAAGUUCUUUCAUGCUAAAAACACAGAAACAUUAUCCGUCCAUAUGCUUGAAAACAUCACUCUUCAGUAGUAAUAUAAAAAAACGUGAGUGUUCGCACUUCCAACUAGAAAUGAGUUACCCGCCGUUUUGCAGAAUUUUGAAGGAGCUUUCUUUUGAUAUAUAAUGUAGACCGCAACCUGGGUACUUUCAUGGUUGAAAAGUUGAAAUACUAUCGUGGACUAUGCUGAAAAGGUCAUUUUUAACAAUAAUAUUCCAAAAACGUGGGUAUUUGCAGUGUACAUAACAACUGAGCAACAGACAGUUGUGUUCGCGGUUUAAAGCUGCAUGGAAUGGUAUAUAAGAUUUUCCUUUAACCUGGAUGUAUUCUGAGAAAAGUACGAAAAACACAUUGGAACAGGUUCGCGGAGCUAUUGGUCAAAGCUGAUCGAUUUUCUCACAGAUAUGAGGUCCGAAGGGAGUCCAAGGAUCUAUAACCCCAUAAAAUUAUAUGCUCUUUCAUUCUAGGUGCCCGGUAUCUAAAAUUCUCAGAAUAGGUCAAUGUAGAUCGAGUCGAAAAAAUCGGAUCUAAACUUUAAUUCCAUGGGAGCUUUUCCAGGGAUCCUCUAGAAACUUAUAUGCAUAAACCGAAAACCCUAUGUCAUUUUUUCGACUCGAUCUACAUUCUAUGACCUAUUUUGAGAAUUUCCUGAAGAUGUGAGGUUUUUUGGACAAGAAGUGACUGAAAUAUACGAUUUACAUCAGGCAGUCUGGUUUCAUAGCCCGAACGGGAUAUACAUCCCAUUCGGUAUAUAAAAAUAUAUCCUGAUCGGGCUAUGAUAGCCUGAUCAGGAUAUAUAUCCCGAAUGGGAUAUGGUAUAAUGAAGGGACAUCAAGUCACGGUGCUUUUUACUUUGGGAGUUCAUCUUUGAAGAAAGCUAGGUUUAUCCAUAGCAAGAUUACCGAGGAUUUUCACUUGUAAAAGUCCUACGUUGAAAUAAUCAUAGCCAAGAAGAUAAGCAACGAUAUCGACUACACAUAAUGCGAAGUACAUUCUUUAUUUCUCAUCUUUUUUCUGUACUUAUGUCUAUGUUAUUAUCGUUCUUUGUGUUCUCUGAACUAAAAGAGAUAGAGUGAUACAGACUGACGUCUGAUUCUGUUUUUAAAAAAUGAAAAACAAGACGCUGACUGUCGAAGCCUAGUGUAAGUACAGAAAAAGAGACAUUAAGCGUAUAUAACUUAUACAUUUCACGCACACCGAUAUUCAAUACUUUAAACUUUCAUACUUUCUACAGUUUAUUUAAAAAGAAAAUGGCGCUGAAUCGUCAACAUCAUACCGGAAAAGUGAAACCGAUGUUCGGUAAGCAGGAUUCGACAAAAUAUGCUCAAAGUAAAUAUCGUCGGCGAGAAACAUUGAUUAAAAAGAUACAAGAAUUUUCUGAAAUUACUGGCAUUGAAGCUUCAGUGAUUUUUCGAGAUUCGGAGAAAUUAUAUGUCGAUUGUCCUGAUAAUGACAUGAAUGUUAGUGUUGAAAAUUUUUUGAAACGUCCACAAAAGAAAUCAUCCUCUGCUCAAUAUGAAAUAAGCGAUUUGCGUUUAACACAUUAG